UUUGCUUUUAUGUCCCGGGAAGGAGGAGCCCGUGGGCCCGGUCACACUAGGCAGUGACAGGCUGCCCCCCGGGAGGCUUAGCACGUGGGUUACUGUUUGCAGGACUGGGGCCUUCGCUUGUGCCUCCGGCCGGGGGCCGGACUCCAGCGAGGAGCCCCUCGGAGCGCUCCUUCAGCCGAAACGCGUGUUUCCAAGCCCCGCUCACGCCGGGGCUCUAGCACAGCGGCAACGCGCGGUGCAUGAAAGGGAGGAGCGUCUCUUUGCCAUUAGGUGCCCGCUACGCCCCCUAAUGCGGAGCGAGCGCUGGACGCGCUCCCGACCGGGGCGCAGCGGGCUGGUGGCGCCGGGGACCCCGCCUAUGGGAUGUUGAGCGCCCAGGGGCUCGGAGCGCCCUCAUCCCGCAGGAUCCGGCCCCAGCCCAGUGAGGCGAAUGGGUCCCGACCCACGAGCGGGGGCUGGAGGAUCGGAUCCCGCUCCCACUGAGUCCGGCUGGAGCUCCUGGGCGCAAGGCAGGGCUGGACUCCAGUAGCCACGAAGCAGAAGUAGGUGCGAGAUUUGACUCUCGUGCCGCUCCGUACAGCGCGCGAGUUCGCGCCUGCGCACGGCGGCUCACCCUGACCCGCGCCUCACGUUCGGUAAUGGCGUCCCGCAUGGAGCUGUUGCUGCCGUGGUGCCGGCUGCGCUUCCCCGUGUCGGGGACAAGCCAGACGCGCCGCGCUCCGGGGAGGCCGCGCCUCAGCCAGGUCCGGCUCAGCUCCACCAAAGCUGCCGCGCAGAGGGUCCCUGGCCGAGAGGAGGCAGAUUCUAAAGUUGGUACCCGAAAGAAGACAUUUACUGAGGUGCAAGCAGAAAGGCUAGAGCAAGCGCAGCGGACUGUUUUAAUUAACUGCCCAGCCAAGAUCAGUGAGAAAAAAUUUCUCACGUAUUUGUCCCAUCACGGAAAAAUUAACAGUCACUACUUUUAUGAAAGCUAUGGUACCUACGCCGUGGUAGAAUUUUCUGAAAAAGACAGCAUAGCUUCACUACAGGAUGUUACCCGAACCCCAGGCAUUGAAGAGGAAUGUGCUGUUCCAUUUAAAUCUAGACUUUUUACUUUAACAUUGAAAAACCCAUCAACUCAAGCUGCUAAUCAGGCACCAGUUCACUGUCAUAAACAAUCCACCAUUGUAGUCAAUGAUCUUGUUCAGAAGCUUUGUAGUGCUGACAGUGUAAGUAAUCAGUUGUACACUCUAAUGGAUGAAUAUCAGCUAACAGAGGAGAACACUAAGCUCCGGUUUCUAGCCUGUUCUCUGAUUCAGGACAUUGCAUGUGCAUAUUUCCCAGAGUGCACAGUGAAGCCAUUUGGCUCCUCAGUGAACACCUUUGGCAAAUUAGGAUGUGAUUUAGACAUGUUUUUGGACCUGGAUAAAAUUGGGAGGAGCCCUACAAGAGCGAAAACAGGUCCCUUUUAUAUGGAAUAUCAGAUGAAGAGAGUACCUUCUGAAAGAAUAGCAUCGCAGAGAAUCCUCUCUAUGAUUGGUGAUUGCAUUGACAACUUUGGCCCUGGCUGUGUGGGUGUGCAAAAGAUACUCAAUGCUCGCUGUCCAUUGGUGAGAUUUUCCCAUCAACCAGCGGGGUUCCAGUGUGACCUGACAACUAACAAUAGAGUUGCCAUGAGAAGUUCAGAACUCCUUUAUAUAUAUGGUAGCCUUGACUCACGUGUAAGAGCUCUUGUGUUCAGUGUGCGGUGCUGGGCCCGUGUACAUGGCAUCACAAGUACCAUUCCCGGUCCCUGGAUUACGAACUUCUCUCUAACAAUGAUGGCCUUGUUUUUCCUUCAAAAGAGAACACCACCUAUCAUUCCAACACUAGACCAACUUAAAGAUCUAGCAGAUGCAGAAGAUAAGCAUAUAAUCGAAGGUCAUGACUGUACCUUUGCUAGCAAUUUGAACAAAAUUAAGCCUACAGAAAAUACAGAAACGUUGGAUGUGCUGCUGAGUGACUUCUUUGAAUAUUUUGGGAAUUUUGCUUUCAAUAAGAACUCUAUAAAUAUUCGAAAGGGAAAGGAGCAAAAUAAGCCUGAGCCUUCUCCUCUCUACAUCCAGAACCCCUUUGAACGGGCCCUCAAUAUCAGCAAGAAUGUUAAUGAAAGCCAGCUGGAUAGAUUUGUAGCUUUGGCCAGAGAGUGUGCCUGGAUUUUACAGCAGGAAGAUACAGGUCAUUCUUCAUUGAGUAAUAGCCAGCCUUGGGGACUGGCAGCCCUACUGCUACCAUCUGUAGCCAGUCACUGUAUAAAGGGCAAGAAGAGGAAGAGGGGACCGGCAAGUGAACGAAUCAAAAGCCUGUUGGACUCUUUGAAGAUUAAUAAUGCAAACAGUUUGGUGAACAAUGGUGGGAAAAGGACCUUUAGCAAUCAAACACAGUAGCUGCUACUCUGUUGUGAGAAUUGCUUGUGGUAAUAAUUGGAAGAACAUUACUUGAACUUAGUUUCUACUUGGGGUGAGAUGGAGAAAAUUACCUCCUACUUCCACUGUCCUAAACCUUGUGCAGGACUAUUUAGUUUCUCUGGGCAUUAUCUCCUCUAAAGCCCUCCUCACUCUUCCACCUGACCUAUGGAUGAAGACCAUCCAGAUAUCAGCUUUCAUAUAUAUCUUCUCAGAAGCAGCCUUAAGCUGGGUACAGUUCAAAAAGCAAAACAGAUUGGGCCUGGGGAAAGGGCUUCCGGAAUCCGGUCAGCUAAUGGACAAACAGUGCUAAGCAAAGGAAGUGUCAGAAGCAACUUCUUUCCAAUGAAAUCAUGGCUAGCGCAAACCCCCACCACCACAUCAAUGCACUAGAAACUAUUUUAAAUCAAAGUACUUAUAUGCCUUUUGUUACCGUUUUCCACACAUGUAAAUGGUGCAAGAUAUAAUAAAGCGACUGGAACUUG